AGUCCCCCGCUAACCAAGUCGCAUCAAACAUUUCAACUCUACUACCCUCCUCCCCUCCUCUCUCUCCGCCUUCUUAUUCCCACGCUUCUCCGGUUACCGCUCCUCCUCUCGCCUCGCGUCUCCUGCAAUGGAAGUUGCUGCUCGGAAGCAACAACUCCUCCUCCUCCCGUCCAUGGCGCACGACCCAAACUCCCCGUCCUCCUCCACCUCCUCCUCCUCCCCAUCCUCCGCCGCCGCCGCCGCCUCCUCUUCGCCGUCGUCCCACCGCCCGCCGCCGCCGCCGCCGUCGUCGUCGUCACAACCCGCCCUCCCGCCUUCCCCGAGGACCGUCGUCCCGCGCACCAUCGACACCACCCCGUUCCCCACCACCUUCGUCCAGGCCGACACCGCCUCCUUCAAGCAGGUCGUCCAGAUGCUCACCGGCUCCGACACCACGCCGCCGUCACAGAGGCCGCCGGCCAAGAGCAACCACCACCAGCACCACCACAGCGGCGCGCCAUGCCGGCCCAAGAAGCAGGCGUUCAAGCUGUACGAGCGCCGGAGCGGCGUCCACAAGAACUUCAAGAUGAUCGCGCCGCUGGCGAUGGCGGCGGCCGCGGCCGCGGGGGCGUCGUCGUCGCCGAGGAAGGCGGCGCAGCACCAGCAGCAGGAGGCGCUGUCGCCGAGCGUGCUCGACUUCCCGUCGCUGGCGCUCAGCCCCGUCACGCCGCUCGUGGCCGACCCCUUCAACCGGUCACCGGCGUCGGCGUCGUCGUCGGCGUCACCGGAGGAGGAGGCCGCGGCCAUCGCGCAGAAGGGGUUCUUCCUCCACCCGUCGCCGAGGAGCGCCGAGCCGCCUCGCCUCCUGCCGCUGUUCCCCGUCACGUCCCCGAGGGUAGCCUCCUCCUCCUCCUCCUCCGCCGCCGCCGCCGUCGCCGUCGCCUCGCCGUCGUUCGAGUGAUCGAGCUAUGCACGUCGGCGACGCGCGUCGCGCUGCUUAGAUUAUUUAUGAUAUGAGCACUGCUCGGCAGUAUGUACUGUUCGUACUCGUUCUUGGUGCUUAAUUGCUGUAAUUUUUUUCUCACUUCAUUGAGCGAUUUGCUCGCGAAGAAACAACGGAAAAGAAACACAUCUUGAUCGUCAGUUC